AUGCCUCGACCGCGCGAGGCCAUCGUCUCGGCGGAUCGCCUGUUGCGAGAUAGCCGCUUCUCGGCCAGUGCUCGCCGGGCAAUCUUUCAAAAAAGGAAGGAUUACGCGUCAAAAGUUGCGUUGGCGUUCUUUUUGCAGACGUUGGCCCGCUUGGUGACUGAGCAUCGAGCCGGUCUUCUCCCUGACGACUUUAAUGCUGACGAAGCUAUCCUCUUCCUCUGCCUGGCGGCGACAAACAUGGUCAAGAAUGCAACUCGUGAAUUGGAGCGGCCGCCUGUUGUAAUUGCUGAGAAUGGAACUCCUCACGUGAACUUGGCUCGUUUUACAGAAACGGCAUGGGCACAAUGUUUUGGACUCACAAAUGCGGCGCAGUUUGAGCGACUAGCAGCCGCGCUGGCCCCCCAUAUCAACGAGCACCUGCCCGUCCCACUCCGGGAGGCCCUGCUCGCUUUCUUCGCUCUAUUCCACCGAUCGUCGCGCCUCAUCGACGCCAUCCACACCUUGGGAGUGUCCUGGACGGUACCCAAAAUGUCUCAAGUCAUAAAUCAGUUUGCGCUGGCCGUGGCGAAAAAGUUUCAGCGCCGGUUGGCCUUUGAUGCACGUUUCUUUCAACCGGACUGGACCACAGCCGCUGUUGCUGCCGUGGCCGCAAAAGGAUCUCCAUUGCCAGGAAUUUGCGCCUUCAUUGACGGCACUGGUCAAAACCUGGCGCGCCCUAAAGGAAAAGACAACCAGGCCGCCUUUUACUCUGGUAAAGACUCGAAGCACACCACUCGCUAUCAAGGUGUUGUGGCACCGAACGGUGUCCUCGGAGUGCCCGGCUAUUCGGAUGCUCACUUGGAUGUUGGUUGCCGGGACCUGGCUUACCUCAACGUACUGACUCCACUAGGGCCGAGGCAUGAUGCUUACAUACUCGAGCAAUCGGGCUUGCUCGAUAACCUUAAGCGAGUAUGGCCCGAAGAAACACCAUGGUGCUUGCUGGGAGACUCAGCGUAUCCUAGGUCGAAACGCCUGGUACGCCCCGCUAAGCGUGACGAGGGUUGGACGGCGACAACUGAGGCACUAAACGCUGAGCUUGGGCGGCUCCGUAUUGUGAUUGAGUGGGCCUUUGGUGCUUCCGGAUAUGGAGUUGCAUCGCGCUUUGAAGGCGUUGUAGAUUCACGUCGGAUGUUGGUUGGCGAGCGGCCAGUUUCGGCCUACAUGCUCACAGCAGUAUUGCUGACCAACAUGAUUGUGUGUGACGACCAGAGCAACCCCGUUGCUCAGUAUUUUGGCCAUAAGUUGGCGAUCCCUUCCCUGACAGAGUAUAUGGCGCCGCUAUCUCCUUCGGAACGCUGA